AUGUGCGUGAUGCAACAAUUUAAACGACGGAGAGAACUGUCCACAGUCCACAAAAUGACUGCUUGGUGGCUCGCCAUAAUUUCGGUGAUUUCCUUCUGGACAUUAUCUGUGCCAGUGUCAGGAAACAUGGAAAAUAAACUUAUCAACGACUUGUUAAAAUAUAUCUCUUUGGACGAGAUGCCUCUUGCAAGCGAGAUUAACGAGCAAAAUCAUAUCUUGACUGCAAUUGCCUACGAAUCACUGAAAUGGAAAGAUGAAAUUUUGGUUUGGGACCCGGAAUAUUACGUUCAUCUAUCUAUCUAUACAUCUAUCUAUCUAAUUAUAUUAUCUAGAAAUCUAUCUAUCUAUCUAUCUAUCUAUCUAUCUAUCUAUAUCUAUCUAUCUAUCUAUCUUUCAUCUAUUUCUAUCUAUCUAUCUAUCUAUCUAUCUCUGUUUAUUCAUAUCCUCUCUUUAUCUAUCUAUCUAUCUAUCUAUCUAUCUAUCUAUCUAUCUAUCUAUCUCUUUCUUUACAUCCUACUCUCUCUUUCUCUCUGGCCAUUGACGUUGAUGUCAAACGCGGCCAAGGUACCGCUGUCAUCCAUUACGACGGAAGUGUCAUUUUCGUUCGAACUAGCCUGUCAAAAGUUAAAUGUGACUUCGACUCGCUUAAAUUUCCUUUCGAUAAAGUCAAGUGUCGACUGGCUUCUAACUAUUUUACUCUUCAUGCUGCCGACUCACAGCUCCGAAAGAGUAACUCUCGGUAUUUUGUUAUUUUGUGCUUUCUUCACUACGCUUCUUUACACAUCUUCUCUGAUACCAGAAUGGAAAAAUUUGCCAUAUUUAGUGAUCUACCUGAUCUUCAACUUGGUUUUGAUCACCGUCUUCACAUUCCUCAAUUCUCUGAUCAUUCGUCUCUCAAAUUCCGAGAAAGGCCGAGAGGUACCGAAGAUCCUACGCGUCAUAAUGUUCGAAUUCUUUGCGCGGAUAUUUUGUAUGAAGUCAAUCGUUAAUAGGAACCGAUCGCGCCAUCUUGUGGCUCCUGAAUACGAAUUUCAUGCAAACCAGGACAAUUCCUCCAAACUGUCUAUGUCCAACGAGAAAGAGCCGUUAGAUCCGACUUCGAAAGAAGACCCGAUUGACAAUUUUCCUGAUGUUCCUUUGCCACAAAAUGGAAAACAAAGUUUUGAAACUGAUGUGGCUUUUAUUCGUGCUUUCACCCGACGUUCCUGGCAAAAGAUGAAGAAUGGUGAUUGGGAGACGAAACUUUUCAGGGAAUGGAAAGAUGUAGCCAAAGUUGCGAAUAGACUUUUUUUCCUCAUUUAUCUACCAGUCGUACUCAUUGCUAUUGGUAUUGUUUUUAUUCAGAUUUCCGAAAAUUAG